CACAGCCCUGUCGCCCAGAUAUACAGACGCUCCUCUCCCUAGAUCGCUCAAUCCUCAGUCCACAUGUGGUGAAUCCCCCCAUAAUCUACUGAGGCUGUGUGGUUCGAGUUUGGUGUGAAUCGGAGUUGAUUUGAGUGGGCUUUGGAAACGGUCGGUUCAGCUUGUUCAGCAGCUUCUCCUUGUUUUCCCAUCAGCUGUAGGCGCAGGUAAGUUCAGCAGGUUGAGCAGCCUUUGUUUCGUCUGCAUUGCAAAGCUCGAUCGAGUCUCAGAGGCAGGGCAGGCAGCAGCAGCGGCCGAUCGGUCAUUUUGUGCAUACAUGGGUGAGGCCUUUGUCUGCCAAGGUCAUAUAUUUCAUGCAGCUAUUCUCUGACUCUGUCGAUUUGCUCUACCUUGGUGUUGAAACCUCAGUCUUCGCAUCUGAUCUCAGGCCUCCUUCGGAAUUACCCCGCGGCCGCCCUUCUGCUUUCGGAUACGAUCCUUACUAAGGCAAUGACUUGCAUGCCAUCUGGUGGUUGUCGUAAUUAAUGCCACCCUGCCGCCAUUUCCUUCUUUGCUUGCUCUGUUCUAGGGUUCAAAUUGAGGGAACAUUGGAACCAGGAAAGAGACAAGGGAGUGCAAUAGCAAGUGAGCAUGGAGGUCGUCUCCAGCGUGAUGGGAUCCCUCCUAUCCAAGCUAGGGGACCUGCUCAAGGAGGAGUACAAUCUGCAGAAGAGCGUCAGAGGUGAGAUCAUGUUCCUCAAAGCAGAGUUUGAGAGAAUGCAGGCUGCACUACUCAUGGUCUCCGAAGCACCAAUGGAUCAGCAACCUAGCAUCCUUAUCAAGCUUUGGGCAAGGGAUGUCAGGGAACUGUCCUAUGACAUCGAGGAUAGAGUUGAUAUUUUCAUGGUGAGCAUAGACCGUGCGCCAAAGGAGCUGCAUGGUCUCAGGGGCUUCAUCGACAGAAGCCUCGACCUCUUGACCAAGGCCAAGAUCCGCCACAAAUUAGGCACAGAAAUUAAAGAUCUCCAAAGAAGCAUCAAGGAGGUGAGCGAGCGCCGUGAUAGGUAUAUGGUGACUCAGGUUGCUGCCAAGCCUGCAGAUGUACCUGUUCAGAACCUUCGUCUAUCAGCUAUGUACAAAAAGGCAGCUGAACUCAUUGGCACCGAAGAGAAGAGCAAUGAGCUUAUUGCUAGGCUAAUAGAUGAGGGGGAUGAGCCAUCUAAGAAACAGCUCAGGACAGUCUCUAUUGUUGGUUUUGGGGGAUUAGGUAAGACAACACUUACUAAGGUGGUUUAUGACAAGCUUAAAGGGCAAUUUGAUUGCACGGCCUUCGUCUCUGUGUCUGAAAAUCCUAAUAUAGAGAGGAUUUUCAUUAACAUGCUCCGUCAACUAGGCCAUGAUAAAUAUGAAGUAACAUGGGGCACAGAACAACUUAUCAAUGAAGUAAGAACUCUUCUUCAAGACAAGAGGUAUCUGGUUGUUGUCGAUGAUAUAUGGAGAACUUCUGUGUGGAAGACAAUCCAAUAUGCUUUAGUUGACAAUGAAUGUGGAAGUAUCAUUAUUUCAACAACCCGCAAUCUUGAUGUUGCCAAUAAUAUCGGUGGUGUCUACCAACUACAACCUCUUUCUCUUGCUGACUCUAGAAAGUUAUUCAACCUUAGGAUAAUUGGCAAUGAAGAUAAAUGUAUUUCAAAUAAAUUGGCUGAAGUAUCUAUAGAGAUUUUACGAAAAUGUGGAGGUGUACCUCUAGCUAUCAUUACGAUAGCCAGUACACUGGCCAGUAAAGAGGGAAUGAAAAAUAUACAUGAAUACUGGUCCAAGGUGUGCAAAACUUUGGGUUCUGGGCUGGAAGAUAGUCCUGAUCUAGAGGAUAUGAGAAAAAUACUAUCAAUUAGUUAUUAUGACCUGCCUCCCCAUCUGAAACAUUGCAUGUUGUAUUUAAGUUCAUAUCCAGAAGAUUAUGAGAUAUGGACAAGAGAGUUGAUAUGGAGAUGGAUGGGUGAAGGGUUCAUCCUCAAAGAACAAGGGAGGUCCUUAUAUGAGGUAGGUGAGGAUUAUAUCAAUGAGCUAAUCAACAGAAGUAUGAUUCAACCAUCGCGUCUCAAUCAUGACAGCAACAAGGUAGUUGUGUGUCGAGUACAUGAUAUGGUACUUGAUCUCAUCACACGAUUGGCAAAUGAGGAUGGUUUCCUUGCCACAAUACAUGACCAACAGCCCAAGUGUCAACAAGAUAGGAUACAUCGAUUGUCCCUCCAAACCAGCAAUGAAGAGGAUAUCAAGCACUUAUCAGCUGCAAACUUGUGCCAUGUGAGGUCACUUAUAAUUGCUGAUGUGUUUCCUGAAGCAUUUAAAUGGUUGCCACCCCUUUCAACCUUUCCAGUCUUACGUGUAGUGUGUUUAACUGGCUGUGAGGAAGUGGACAAUAGGUGCUUCAAGGAAAUCUGCAAUUUGAUUCACCUAAGGUAUUUGGGACUAGGAUAUACAAGUAUCACUGAGAUUCCAAAAGAGAUACAGAACCUACAGCUUUUACAGGUGCUAGACGUAAGGGGUACUGGAAUACACGAGCUGCCAUCAACUUUUGUUCUACCAAGAAAAUUGAAGUGCUUGCGUGCUGACACUGUAUAGAGUGUGUUGAUGACCAAACUUGGCAGACUGUGCAGAACAGUCAGACCGGUCAAGGUGACUUUUUCAAAAUGAAAAUUUGACUUCACCAUUGCGUAGUUCUCGUCGAGACAAUCAAAAUAAAUAUAUAGAACGUUCGAUUUGGAGUUCAGAUGAGAGUUAUGGCUUCGUGAAGACUUGACAUAGGGUCGGACCAGUCAGACCGGUACAUAAUGCACAGUCUGAGUUUGAAGUUGUAUUUUGACAUGGGAUUUGUAUAAAAUUAGACUUCUAAUGGGUCAAGACUUCCCCUUUCUAUAAAUAUAAAGGGCCACGGCCGACUAACGGUAUCCAAUCGAUCAAAUA